CUAAAAAUCGUCAAAACUGCGCUUACGACAAUCUUUUACCCAGGCGACGAUAUGUACAUAAGUCGACAUUCGGAAGAAGGGAAACACCUUCAAUUGAACUCUUAAGUCUGUUAUACAGUUCAAUGCGAGCGUGAGCUUUUUAUUUUGACCAAUGUCUUCGUUAUUACUUAACAUUUUGCAGAAUUAUAGAAUUAAAACUAAUUUAAAAUGCAUAAUAUGCCUAUUUUUCAAGCUCACACUCAACUGUGUGCGUAAGCAAAGCAUUCGCAUAUGCGCAUACGUGAAUGACCAGUUUUGACGGAUGUGUGUGAGCGUUCAUAAGAAUACAAAUGGAAUCGGAGCAAAAGCCGUAUACUAGCAGGUGGUUGUGAUGGUAAACACAAAAACGGUGCGCCAUGGGAACGAGUUUUGUUAUGCGUUUUGGUCGUAAACGUAAUUCUCUACAUUUGUUUGUACCCGCCAUGGUACCCGCAUAAGACAGAGAAAACAAGUAAUCUUGUGCAAAAUGUUCGUCUAUUUAAGUAAAAAGAUUGCAAUACCAAAUAAUGUAAAACUGAAUUGCAUUGCGUGGAACAAAGAUCAGGGCUACAUAGCCGUAGCCGGCUCCGAGGGAUUGCUGAAAGUGUUAAAAUUAGAGCAAGCAUCCAAUGGGCAAAAUAAAGGUAAUCUUGCUGCGGUAUCCAACUUGUCAAUGAAUCAAACAUUAGAUGGACACAAAGAGGCCGUCAAAGUUGUUACCUGGAAUGAGACACAACAGAAGUUGACAUCGUCCGAUCUGGAUGGUGUGAUUAUGGUUUGGAUGCUCUACAAAGGUUCCUGGUAUGAGGAGAUGACCAAUGAUCGUAAGAAGUCCACCGUAAAUAGCAUGAGUUGGACAUCGGAUGGUGCAAAGAUUUGUAUAGUUUACGAGGAUGGUGCUAUUAUUGUUGGCUCGGUUGAUGGAAAUCGCAUCUGGGGAAAGGAAUUGAAGAACACGCAUUUAACCAGUGUACAAUGGAGCCCCGAUAAUCGACUGAUACUAUUUGGCUUAGCAACUGGCGAAUGUCAUUUGUACGAUAAUCAAGGGAAUUUCGCGAUGAAGCUGAAUAUACAGUGUGUUUCGCUGAGUCCGAAUCGAAACUUUAGGAUCUCGGCACUGUGCUGGUUCAGCGGACGCACAUCUUCUAAUCGCCCAGUAUUAGCCAUUUGCUAUGAGACUUGCAAAUUACAGAUUAUGCGCAAUGAAAGCGAUGACACGCCCGUACUUAUCGACACUGGCAUGCGUAAUAUAGACGCUGAGUGGAAUCAUGACGGUUCCGUGUUAGCCAUCUGCGGUACUCUUAUAGACUAUCCCAGCUCAAAGGAAUUGAAUCAAGUAAGCUUUUAUUCACCUUUCGGUCAGCUGUUGCGAACUUUAAAGGUACCAGGCUAUGAUAUCGCAUCGCUUUCUUGGGAAGGGAAGUCGCUACGCAUAGCAAUGGCUGUUGAUUCAUUCAUCUAUUUCGCCAACAUACGUCCGGAUUAUAUGUGGUGUUACUUUGAGAAAACUGUCGUAUUUUUAAACAGGAACAGCAGUAAUUUUACACGCAACGCAACGACCAAUGUAAUCACUUUCUGGAAUACCAUUUCGAAUCAGAGUUUCUUAAAGGAAGUGGAGCCAGCAUUAGGAAUGGCAGCCUGCAAUGAGCAUUGCGUUAUUGCUGUGGAAUGCUUAAAUACUAAUAUGAAGGAUAUUCAUGUCAGCGAUACUAAAGAAAAUAACAAUCAGACCGAAAGUAUAGAUAAAUGCUAUCAGCUUUUGCUGUGCAACUCUAUCGGAACUACAGUGGAUUCAAAAUACACCGACAUGAGACCAAAUUUUGUUGGCAUCAAUUCCGGGCACGUAACAAUAGCUUCUUUUGACGAAGUACUUAUCUGGCAUUAUAAUACACCUAAGAGCGUCGCUAAUUUACAUGGUGCAAAGACGCGCAAAGAGAAUCGUUUUCACAUAGACGAUACACCUACCGGUGUCGAAAUGGCCAAGGACUUAGUUAUCGCUACAGGCGGUAGCAGCGCGGAUAACAAAGGCUACAAGCCGCAUGCCAAUGUAGAUCCUAUCUGCACGCUAGCAAUGUCCGAAAAAAUAUUAUUGGUGGCACGCGAUUCGGGCGUUGUAAAUGAGUAUAGUGUUCCGAACGUAGCGCUACGCAAUCGUCACAAGCUCAAUUCAAGACCCUAUAAAAUGGUUAUUAAUUGCAAUUCUAGCCGUGCAGCGGUAAUCGAUGAUGCUGGUAUCAUGACUUUGCUUGACUUGGACGAUAAUCGCGAGUCACAAUUGAACUUUAAUCGCGUUGAACGGAAGGAUGUAUGGGCCAUUUGUUGGGCCAAAGAUAAUCCCUUGCUACUCGCUUUAAUGGAGAAAACGCGCAUGUAUGUGUUUCGUGGCAAUGAUCCUGAGGAACCUAUUUCUUGUUCCGGUUAUAUUUGCACUUUCGAAGAUUUAGAAAUUACGAGUGUCCUCCUCGAUGAUAUAAUAAGUGGCGAUGAAACUCAGAAUUCCAUCAGUCAUAUUAUACAGUUGCGUGUUAAAUCAUUGCGUGAUACCGAUGAUCUGCUCCAGCACGUGGGCUUGGAAGAUGCUAAGCAAUUCAUCGAAGACAACCCACAUCCACGUCUAUGGCGUCUAUUAGCUGAGGCGGCAUUGAAGAAACUCGAAUUGGAUGUGGCCGAGAAUGCAUUCGUUCGCUGUGCAAAUUAUCCGGGAAUACAGUUGAUAAAGCGCUUGCGAAAUAUAUCGUCGGCCAUGUUGCAAAAAGCAGAAGUGGCAGCCUUCUAUGGCGAGUUCGAAGAGGCAGAGAAAUUGUACAUGGACGCAGAUAGAAGAGAUUUGGCAAUAACUCUGCGUAUAACGUUGUGCGACUGGUUUCGUGCCGUGCAGCUGUAUCGAAUGGGAUCCGGCGUCUCAGAUCAGCAAAUGGAAACAGCUUGGCGUGAAAUUGGCAACCAUUUUGCAAGUUUACGUUCAUGGGAAAGCGCAAAGGAAUACUAUGAAAAAUCGCAUCACAUUGAAGGUCUAAUGGACGCUCUAUAUCAUCUGGAGAGAUUCGACGAGCUGGAGCAGUGCAUUGACAAGUUGCCCGAGAAAAGUCCUUUACUUGCUAAGAUUGCUGAAAUGUUGGCUUCUGUUGGAAUGUGCUCAGAAGCGGUAAAAGCCUACUUAAAAAUGGGCGAUCCAAAAGCGGCAGUAAAUGCAUGCGUCAACUUGCGACAAUGGGGUGAGGCGCUACAGCUCGCGCGUAAAUUCGAUAUGCCACAAAUUGGUAAUUUAUUGAGCAAGCAUGCAGCUCAACUGAUUAAGGAGGAUCGCCUGCCGGAAGCAAUAGAGUUGCAAAAGAAAGCCGGCCGUUAUUUGGAUGCAGCACGCCUGUUGGGUAAAUUGGCGCAACGCGAAGCGGAGAAGGACGCCAGCAUGUUGCGCAUUAAAAAACUGUACAUACUGGCUGCCUUGCUUGCCGAAGAACAUUUAAAGACGUUGAGCACAGCCGAGUUGAGUUACAAAGUGGAUCGGAACUCUUUGUUGGACACAAUGACUCCCGAGGAUGCACACGUGGUUGAGCAUAUGUGGCACGCUGCCGAAGCCUAUCAUUUUAUGAUGUUGGCACAACGACAACUGCGUUUCGGAAUUGUGCACAGUGCUGUGGUAACUGCACUACGCUUGCGUGAUUAUGAUGAUAUCCUGCCCGUAGAAGACGUCUAUAAUACGCUAGCGUUGGCCAGUUGCGCCGAUCGCUCUUUCGGCACUUGCGCCAAGGCUUUCACAAAACUUGAAUCCUUGGAAGGCAUAACGGAACGUAGAAUUCAGGAAUACAAAGAGCUUGGCGCAAGCAUUUUUGCAAAAUAUGCCUCCGAGGAUGCCAAAGUUGAAAUGGUUAAGUGUUAUGCUUGUAAUGCGCCUGUGCCUGACAGUUUGCCUGCGUGUACAAUUUGUGGCGCUCGCUUUCCGGCUUGCGUUUCUUCAGGGAAGCCUAUUACACAGCCGACCAGUAAUAUUUGGAUUUGUGGCAUAUGCCAUCAUUGCGCUACACCAGUCGAGAUAACACGACACCACACAUGCCCACUUUGCCAUAGCUUGAUAAUAUCAAUGACGUUGGAGAUUUAAAUAAAUUAAUAGAUACGUCUGAACUAAAGUUGAAGUUUAUCAACCAAUGGGAAAAUAAGGAAUUCAUUACCAUUUUCUACCACGAUUGAACGAAAACAUGCAUCACAAUAUAAGCGAGCUGGUAAUAUGACAUAUAUAUAGACACAAGCAAAACAGAAAAGGAUCAGUCCAGCACCUUCGUCUUAGACGGCAGGCUGUUUCGGAGCCGUAAACUUAAACGUAUAAUACGUGAUAUUAUUAAAAUCACAUUCAAGUUAAAGGCGGUGCAUGAAAUAUUCGUUUUGAUUGUAUUGAAUUGAAUUUAACAAAUCAAUAUGAAUUGCAAAAUAUUAAUACUUAGCAAUAGAGAAGCAGAUCCAGAUUAACUUCAUCAUAUGUACCAUCAGCUUAUAAAUAGACAUAUGCCAUGACGUGUAUCACCACUA